UUCGCUUCCGUGGGUUUUUAAUUUCAAAUCCCCUCCUCUCUCUCUCUCUCUCUCUUUCUCUCUCUCUCUCCUCUUCUUCUUAUCCCCCCACCCCCACACCACCUCACCCUCGCACACUUCAUACGCACCGAUUCCUCGCUGUCGCUCUCUCCUACCAUCCCCGUAGCGUACUACGCAACCCUAACCCUAAGUUCUCGCCAUGAAGGGGGGUAGAUCGAAGGUCGAGAAGCCGAAGCCCGACAACAAGCUCGCGGCGAAGAGGAAGGUCGCCGAUCGAGCGACCAAGAAGGCGCCGAAGAAGGCUAAGGCCGUGAAGGACCCGAACAAGCCGAAGAGGCCUCCGAGCGCCUUCUUCGUCUUCAUGGAGGAAUUUAGGAAGCAAUUCAACGAGAAGAACCCUAACAACAAGUCCGUCUCUGUUGUCGGAAAAGCUGGUGGUGACAAGUGGAAAUCCUUGUCCGAAGCCGAGAAGGCUCCCUAUGUAGCCAAGGCAAAUAAACUCAAAUCCGAGUACACAAAGACCAUGGCCGCUUACAAUAAGAAGCAGUCGGAGGGCGCACACAAGGCUGCUGAGGCUGAAGACGAAUCCGACAAAUCCAAAUCUGAGGUUAACGACGAUGAUGAGGAAGAAAGCGAAGAGGAGGAAGAUGAUGAUGAUGACGAGUGAGUGGAGUCGUCGGUAGUCUUCGUACCCAAGCGAGAUAGACGAUGAAGUUUCUGUUUCCUUUAAUUUCAAUUAGCUUUUUUUUAUGCUCAAAAAUAUUGGAAAGUUGGAGUAGUAUCAUCAUCGCAUCGCCUCAGUGUAGAAAAUGAUAAAUCAUUUUGUGAGAUGUGUGGGCUUGGCCCGAGGCUUGUGCUAGUCUCGGCUAUGUUCCCGCCUCUACGUGUACCUAGCUCUUCUAUCUCUAACUGGCAAUUCGAUUCGAAAAAUGUUACAUGCUCUCUAUACUUCCUAUUUGAGUAUGCUCUUGUCAUUUGGUAGAA